CCCCCGCAGUAGGGCCAGGCUGGGAGGGCUUUUGGGGCUGUCCCGAGCUCGUGGGUGGGGAUUGAGGGACUCCUGUCUUUUCUUCCCACUACCUUCCUGCACACCCCCAGCUGUCCCAGGUCCCUAGUUCUCUCUCCUCUUUCGGGUUUGAGAUGAGUGGGUGGCUGCGCAGGCGGAGGAUGUUAGGGUUUGGGGGCUCCCCCAUUCUAGGUCAUGCCUCCUGCCCUCUGCGUUGGUCUGCGUUGGCUGAGGUGUUCCUCGGGUGGACGAAAGUACGAUGGCUGGUAGCCGUGGUCUUUAACCCUUUCUGUCUGUUUUAAGGUAAAUUGCUGGGAGUUUGGGAGGCAAGAAUUUCCAUUUGUUGGAUUUCUUCUGGGUUUUCUCUCCAGAAGGAAGUGGAAGAAGAAUAUUUUCCCCCUUCCUCCAUUUGCAUUCUUUGUGAAGUCUGUCUGCCUUGUGCUUUUUGUCCCGGAUUAGUCUUGUUUAAGGAUGGAGAUUUCCCGGUGUGGAGUCUAUAUAGAUUUUGGCUUUCCAUGAAGUAAAUUCGCUUAUCUUUUAGGGAAAGUUAAUUUUUGUCUGCGGUCAUUCCAGAAAAGUAUCAUACACUGACUAGGUGAUUAAUGCAUUUAAGAUUAUAACUCAGUUACAUAUGAUAGAUAUGUUAGGACGUGUGUGAUUUUUUGGGUGGAACUGGCUCUUUUUUUUUUUAAUUAGGAAAUGAAGUAAUGGAUUACUUUAAGAUGGCAUAACUGAGAAAACCUCUGGUACUGAUCUUUGGGUGAACUCUGUUUAAGAUUAAUUGAAAGAAGAAUGAACUGUAAUCCUUGAAGCUAACUGGGCUAUUUUUCUUUAAAUAUCAUUUUUGAUUGUAGAAGUUCAAGUAGAGUCAAAGGUUCUUACUGGUGUGAAGAUUUAUACAAGCCUUCAAUUUGUCAACACAGACCAACAGACCAUCUUUUUUAUAGGGGAUACAUUUUUACUCCUUUUUUGGCAUCUUUGCUGGCAAAAAUUAAAUUUGGCUGCAUCAUAUUGAUUCGUGUUUGACUCUAGGUUUUAUGACACAAAUAUCGGCAUUAACUUUUCCUGUGUUUUGCUGAAAAAAUUGAACCUGGACAUCUUGAAUUAAGAGAAUUGGUAGCUUACUUUGGUACAUAUAUCUGAAGAAUUUGAGCAAACUUAAAGGCUUUCUCAUUGUUGUGCAUCUUAAAAAUUAUCUUCUUAUUAGAGCAAAGAAGUUUAUACAUUUGCAGUGAAAUUAUAUUAGAGUUUAAGCAGAGCCAAAACAGUUGCCAAAUCACUUGACUAAGGCUCUCUCUCUGGAAAUAGAAAUUUUCUAUGAGAGUAAGUUACCAUAAGUAUUUGUCUAUAUGAUUUUUCCCUCUUCAAAUAAGUGACUAAAUAAAAAUGCAAAUCUCAGACUUAAUUUUUUAAAACAAUAGUUAAGCAAUGGAAAACCUACAGACGAAUUUCUCCAUGGUUCAGGGCUCAAGUAAAAAACUGAAGGGGAUGGGAGAUGAUGGCAGCCCUCCAGUGAAAAAAAUGAUGACAGACAUUCGUGCAAAUGGAAAAAUGCUGAUAAAUAAGGUGCCAGCGGUAAAGAAGGAACACUUGGAGGACUAUGGAGAAGUGCCAAUGGAAACGGAUGGAGAACAUGUCAAGCGAACCUGUACUUCCAUGCCUGAACCUUUAAAUUUAAAUCCCAGUUUGAAACACACAUUGGCACAAUUCCAUUUAAGUAGUCAGAGUUCUCUGGGUGGACCAGCAGCCUUUUCCGCUAGAUAUUCCCAAGAAAGCAUGUCACCUACUGUAUUUCUGCCUCUUCCAUCUCCUCAAGUUCUUCCUGGCCCACUGCUUAUCCCUUCUGAUAGCUCCACAGAACUCACCCAGACUGUGUUGGAGGGGGAGUCCAUUUCUUGUUUUCAGGUUGGAGGAGAAAAGAGACUCUGUUUGCCCCAAGUCUUAAAUUCUGUGCUCCGAGAAUUUUCACUCCAGCAAAUAAAUACAGUGUGUGAUGAAUUGUACAUAUAUUGUUCAAGGUGUACUUCAGACCAGCUUCAUAUCUUAAAGGUCCUGGGCAUACUUCCAUUCAAUGCCCCAUCCUGUGGCUUGAUCACAUUAACUGAUGCACAAAGACUAUGUAACGCAUUAUUGCGGCCACGCACUUUUCCUCAAAAUGGUAGCAUACUUCCUGCUAAAAACUCAUUGGCCCAGUUAAAGGAAACUGGCAGUGCCUUUGAAGUGGAACAUGAGUGCUUAGGCAAAUGUCAGGGUCUCUUUGCACCCCAGUUUUAUGUUCAGCCUGAUGCUCCAUGUAUUCAGUGUCUGGAAUGCUGUGGAAUGUUUGCACCCCAAACAUUUGUGAUGCAUUCUCACAGAUCCCCUGACAAAAGGACUUGCCACUGGGGCUUUGAAUCAGCUAAGUGGCAUUGCUAUCUUCAUGUGAACCAAAAAUACUUAGGAACACCUGAAGAAAAGAAACUGAAGAUAAUUUUAGAAGAAAUGAAGGAGAAAUUUAGCAUGAGAAAUGGACAGAGAACUCAAUCCAAGACAGAUACAUCAUCAGGAAUGGAAUUGCAGUCAUGGUAUCCUGUUAUAAAGCAGGAAGGUGACCAUGUUUCUCAGACACAUUCAUUUUUACACCCCAGCUACUACUUAUACAUGUGUGAUAAAGUGGUUGCCCCAAAUGUGUCUCUUACUUCUGCUGUGUCCCAGUGUAAAGAGAUCCCAAAGACAGAGGCGUGUAAGUCCAUGCCAAGACAGUCAGAGAAGCCGCACAGUACUGGCAAACAUCAAAAGCCAGUGUCUUACCCAGAUGUCUCACUCGAGGAACAGGAGAAGCUGGAUUUAAAAACAAGUAGAGAAUUAUGUAGCCGUUUUGAUCCAUCAAUUCCAAAUAAUUCUACAAGUGAGAAGAAACCCGAGUCUGCCACUAGCAACUUAGUCAGAGACACAAGCAAGGUGGGGAUCGGUCAUGAUGCUGCAGCUUCAUCUCCACUUCUGGUCAAAGAUGUCAUUUGUGAGGAUGAUAAGGGGAAAAUCAUGGAAGAAGUAAUGAGAACUUAUGUAAAACAACAGGAAAAACUGAACUCAAUUCUGCAGAAGAAGCAACAACUUCAGAUGGAAGUGGAAAUGUUGAGUAGUUCAAAAGCUAUGAAGGAACUCACUGAAGAACAGCAGAAUUUACAGAAAGAGCUUGAAUCUUUGCAGAAUGAACAUGCUCAAAGAAUGGAAGAAUUUUAUGUUGAACAGAAAGACUUAGAGAAAAAAUUAGAGCAGGUAAUGAAGCAGAAAUGUACCUGUGACUCAAAUUUAGAAAAAGAUAAAGAGGCUGAAUACGCAGCACAGCUGGCAGAGCUGAGAGAGAGAUUGGACCACGCGGAGGCUGACAGACAAGAACUCCAAGAUGAACUCAGACAGGAAAGGGAGGCAAGGAAGAAGUUAGAGAUGAUGAUAAAAGAGCUAAAGCUGCAAAUUUUGAAAUCAUCAAAGACUGCUAAAGAAUAGAAACCUUUAAAGAGAUUCGUCUGUGUACUCCGGACAGGGUUUUUUGGUUUUGGUAAUAGAAUUGUGAACAACUUAUAUGUAUGAAGAUAACAAGGCAUUCUAUCCAUUUGUAGAUCAGAGAAAGUGAAAGAUUAUAUAUUAGUAUAUAAAUUUUUACAUUUUCCAAAUGAAUGAAAAUGUAUGUUUCUUUGUACUUUUUUUCCAACCAACUUAAUAACAGUGGUUUCAACUAGUAGAUAAGCUGCCUAUAUUUCUAAUGCAAACUUUACAGUUGUAUACUUUUUUAAAGCUGCAUUGUGUGAUGGCAAAUAGCUGUGGUCAGUUUUGUUACCCAUAUUUCAGACUCAGUUUUAGAUACAAUGAUGACUUCAUAUUUUCAGAUAUACAGAGCUACUCUAGAAGUUGAAUCUCUGUUCUUUUUUUCCAUGCACACAAGCUCCUUUCUAAGUUGAUAGAGUAUAUUCAUUAUUAUACACAAAAUGUUGCUUUUGUUUUGUACAGAUUGUGGGACGAAUUUCCACCAGUUCUCUUCUUAGUGUUUCCUACUAAGACAUUUUAUGCAACGAGGAAUUUCAUUGAUGAGGUUAAAGCACACCCUGUGGGCACAAUGGGGAAGGAUAACAUGCUUUGUUAUGCACCGCUGCUAAAAACAAAGUAGUUGUAAUUUUUCGGUUUAAAUGUGGUUAUAUUUAGAAAAAAAUUUUAUGCAGCAGUUUCAGAAGAGGGAAUAAAAAGUAAUACUUCCUCAACUUUUGUUAUCAAUAGUAGUGUGAAAAAUGUUCUUGAGAAAAACUGGUAUCAGUGAUGUACAUUUUGUUUCUAUGGAACUCCGAAUACUCCUGUACAGUUUUUAUGUGUAGCUUUGGUUCUUUCUGAAAUUUAUAUAAUGGAUUUGUUUUCCUUUAAAUUGUAAAAUAUUAAACACCUUGAAGGUUAUUUUGGACUUUCGUAUGUUUAAAUGUUAAGAUAAGUCUUAACCAAAAUUUGCACGAAUGGACCAUCUUCAAUUACUACUUAUUAUUAAAAUCAGGAAUUUACAGUCAACUGAUGGUGUGUGAUAGGUUAAUAUAGGAAAGUUUAGUUAUCUGCUACUAAAAUGUUUUUAGAUAAUAUUUAGAAGAGAAAGGAAUUCCAUAGUUUGGGGAGGGGCAACAUCUUCUGCACUUUUUUUUUUUUGCACAGAAAAGUCGUAUUCUUUCUUGGCAAAUUUCAUAUUAAAUGAUUCUUGGUUUAAAAGAUAAUAGGUAAAAUUCUUAAUAGGACUUUUUUUAAAGGGACAUUUGCUGAAACUAUCAUUAAUUGACAUGUAUUACCGCUUGAUUUUUAUGUUUCUCGUGUUCUCUCGUAAGGUACUGUAUGAAAUUACUUAAGAGAGCUAAAUUUAUUUUUAAAAUAAAUUAGCUAGGGUUAAGGUUAUAUACUAUUCCCAGGGUAGAUAGUAGAUGCUUUUCUGGUAUAGAACUUCAAAAUUUCUAGGUUAUCAUUUAUUUAACGAGUUAUUUUCAUAUUUUGCUUAAUGGUACUCACAAAAACAAUUUUUGUACUUUCUGAAGUGUAGUUUCUUCAGUAAAUAGAGUAUGAUCUAAGUGUGUGUUUUCUAUUUAAAUUUUACUGUAUUAACCCUGUAGCUAAUUUGUUGAUUCUUGGAAUCUUCUUAAGAAGAAACAAAUGUUAAAAUGACAUAUAGGAACAAAUGUUAAAAAAUGACCUGCCCUCUCAAUUAUCUUUUGUUUAGAUCUGGAGAAAGAAAAAUCACAAAGACAUUUAUGAUAUAGUUUUAUUUUAGUUGUGAAUUAGUUAAGUGUCACGGCUUACCUUUUGGAAGACAAACUCAGGCCCAUAUAUUUUCAUUUAUUUUUCUAAUCCACUCAAUCGUUUUGCUUAUGUUUACUUAGUAAAUGAUAAGCCUACUUAACUCUCAACCCAAAACUUCUAAAAUAAAUCAUUUAAUCUUUGAAAUAUGUUAUUUUAAAAUUCUAAAUGGUGCUUAAACACCAUUAAAUUAUUAUAAAAUCAUAGUUUAGAAUUGAAUGAAAAUAUUUUUUCUAGUCCUUUACAUACCGAAAACUUGCCACGCGACAUUGUAUAGUCUUCAUUUUACAGAAGAUACAUUGAUGUGCCAUAAGUUUCUGUCUUAACUUCUUUGAAAAUAGUUUUUUAGUCAGUUGUAAAUAUUAUACCUGUUCUAGUUAAAAGUAAUUUUAUGUUAAACUGCACCACAUAGCUUGAAAACAAUAUAGAAAUUUUAUAAUACUUCAAAAGUGGCCUCCACUAAAAUAUCUUAUCCAUAUAAAUUUAUUCUUUGCAUGCUCAUUUGUGUGUUGGUUGCUAGCUUAAAGUUUGAUGUAGUUUUUGUGUGCCAGAUUUACUAGGUAAGCAAAUACUUUCCUCAGACUUUGUAAUGUUAUUCUUUUAAGGAAAAAUAUAAAAAUGUUUACUUAAAAAAAACUGCAUUAAAGAAAUGGCCUGUAAAAAGUUGUGCUAGAGCAUCUUUAGGAAGAAGAAAAAAUAUUUCCUUACUGGGUGAUAGGUCAUGUUUAAUUUUGGUGAUGAUAGUUUCUUAAAUUUAUGAGAAAAAUGAACCAAAUUUAUAAAGGUAGAAAUGUUAAACCUUCUGCUGUCAUUGAAGAAGCUCUGAAUCACCCUAAAUUCACAAAUGCAGCUUUUAACACUAUAAAAGGAUUUGACCGACAACUUAAAAGUUUGGCUUGUACUUGAGUUUUUAAAAAGCAUAUUCUUUUGCUUGAAUUUCUGUGUAGAGUUAGGAUGUUUUAUGCUUCUUGAACUAAUUUUAUAACAUUCAAUAUAUUAAUAGUUUAGACAAAAUCAUUUGUACAUAUUGAACUAUAAAGCAGUUACUAAAGUAGGUAAAAUAGAGCGAGUAAAAUAUUUGUAGGUUCUCCAUAUAUUUUAGAAGUCAUGACAGAACGACCAGUUUAUUUGCACAUCUGUGGCUUCAGUUUUAAGGAAAGUAAAUGAUAAACAAACUCAAGUAAUAUGAAAUGUGCUCAAAGUAUUUCCCUAUAAUUAAUUGUUAAGCUGGUGCUGAAGGUUUUUGAUCUGCUUCUAAAAUUUUCUUCUCAAAGAUAAAAUUUAUGUUUUGAUUACUUAGGGAAGAAUUCUUCACUUUUAUUUGCUCUUUAGGCAUUUAAUCCACAUGACAGGACAUUAAAAAUUGAUAGAAUGAAAAGUUGUGCUCAUACUGUACAUUUUUCUGUGCUUGGAACUACUUAUUAAUAGUUUUUAUUGAAGCUGUCAGCAAUAAGGGACACAUAACUGCUGUAUUAUACAUUGUGGAAAUGAAUAAACAGCUUAAAAUUUUUUUCUAGUAUAGUAUUUCCACUAUUGGCAGAAAAUUGUAUGAGUAUUUUAUAUGGCAUCUUGUAUAAAAGGACAGUCUUUUUUUUUUUUGUAAAACCUUUUCAUUGAAUUGCUUCUAAACUACAUAGUAUAAUUUGGAGCCUGUUUCUUUAGUAAUAUGUCUUAUGUAAUACUUGUGUAGUGUUUUUGAAUUAGAAAGUGAUCUAAUGUAAAAACUAAAAUUACAAGAAGCCCAGAAAACAAAAUAGUGUAUUAAGUUAGUUUAAUGUAAAAGAAAUUUAUAAGAUUUUUUUCUUCAGUAUAGAUACCUCACUUGAAAAUAAAGCACAGCAACUUAAAGUAGUUCUAGUAGAAAGAUCCUACUAAAAGAAUUGCUUAAUCAAGGACACCUUUUGGGGAUUUAUAGUUUGUGAGAAAUAAAAUAUUUGCUUUUAACCAUCCUUUUAGAAGUAUUUGUUUAUCCUAAUAAUGUUAAACCAACACAGUAGUCUAUUAUGUUAUUUCUGAGUUUCUAAUUGUUAAGGCAGUAACAUGAAAUAUCUGUUCUGCAGCUGUUAAAACUAAUUGUUGACUACAUUGACAAUAAUUCAAUUUAAAAUUUUGCCAGUGAUGUACAGUUUUUUGGUUAAAAUUGCUGUGGUUGGUUGCAUUAUAUGACACACAAAACUGUCCUCUACCUCACGUGAAAUAAAUAUUUUAUAUGGUUUUAUAAACCAGACUCAUCUAUCUGGUCACUUAGUUUAGGUGAGCAAGACUCGUCUAUCUGGUCACUUAGUUUACAAAUUUUGAAUUAUAUUUAUUGAAACAUGACAUACUGUGCUCUUAGCUUAUACCUCAACUGUAUUUCGUGCUGUUUUCCAUUUUCAUGCCUUGUAAAUAACUUGUAUAGAUUGUGGAUUAAAUUCCAAAUAAAAACUUACAAUGCCAAUGAAA